AUGUCUAUUGCAGCGCUUCGACUUUCUCGGUUAUUUACCCCAACGUACGCCAAGCUCAUCAACGCACAGCUCGUCCAUCCAGCGCAGUCCCAGGUGGUCAAGCCCAACGAGCUCCGGUCUGCGUUGGCGCGGCCACUGAACGUCGCGCUAUACGAGCCCGAUAAGUCCCCGUCGUUCCUCGCUGCCAGUCUGUCGUACGGCAUAAUCAAAGGUGGGGCUGCCCCCUUUUUAUCCUGCGUCGGGAGCGCGUCUCACGAAGACACAGGACACCCGUUCCUGGAUGGGAACAAACGCACCGCCUUCUUUCUUGCGAACGAGUAUCUGCGCGCACAGGGCCACCCUGGUCUCGCGGACGGCGGGAAAGUGAGCGAUGUCAAUAAAGACCUGAUCGCCUGUGCGGAGCGCCAUAUUGGUGUGGCAAGCGGCAAGUUGGAUGUCGCAGAUCUUGCCAGAGACCCUUGA